GCUCUUCUUCUUUCCGCUGCAGCCCCCAAAACCCCCCCCAAGCUGCCGGCAACAAGUUUUUGAGGAAAACCAGUAAAAGCUUAGAUUUUUCCCUUCUUUUUUUGUCCAAGAACCUGAUUUAGAACCCAGAAAUCUUUCCCCCUGCAGGAAGCUCCCGGAUCUGCUCUCCUCUUCCUCCCCUGUCCGCCGGCUGCUCUUGUUGUGGGUGAGAUUUUCGGUCUUUCUUGAAUUUCCCCUGCACAUGCCGUCGGCCUCUCCCCCCCUGCAGCUCCGGUUUUAGCUGGAGAAUUAUGGUUCCCGAUCGUUCUGUCAGUUAGUACGUGAAUUGAGUGCUCAGUUUUAUGUGAAGUGAGGGAGUGAAACCGAGGACGAGGAAACCAAGGGGAGUGACGAGUUAGAAAGCUAGCCAUCUUGUAAUUGAAUAUGGAUUUUAGAUGUAAAUGAUGAUAUUGCAAGCUAGAUUGUAAUUGGAGAUCGUAUAAAUUCAUUUAUUGGAUAAGUUCCGAGCCUUGUGCAUUUGUGGGACCCACUCACGAGUGCACGGCGUCUAUCGCGCCUCGAAUUCGAGUUUUGGGGCGUUACAAAAAAUUUAACACCAUCAAAUAGAGCCGGCUCUUAAAAGCUGCAGCCGGCUCUGGUGAAAUGGAAUGCAGAGAGCCGGCUCUGGAAGCUGCAGCCAGCUCUACGAGUAAAGAUUUAAAGAACGUUCAACAAACCCGCAAAGCAAAGCGAGCUUUGCGUUUUGCAGCCGGCUCUACAGAGAAAACAGAAUGUGCAGAAUCCCGCAAAGCCGACUGCAAAAAUGGUGAGCCGGCUGUGUAGAGCCGACUCUAAAAAGUUAAGCCGGCUCUCCUGACAAUUUUGUAACUCGAAUUAAGCGACCUGCAGAGCAUUAAAUAACCCCUAACGGCUAGUAACGACUAUUUUUGAACAUUGAGUUAUAAAUAUAGUUGGUAAAAGAUCUGAAACAAGUUUAGAGGGCAUUGUAUUGAAUAGCUUUACCUACCAACUUGUGCUUUAACUUGAGAUUUUGAUCUUUGAGAGAUCUUUAUUUGUAAUCCUCUUCUUGUUCUAUUUGUGAGUGAUCUUUGGGGUGUGAUUAUUCCUUCAACAGUGAUUUGUAGAGAAGAUUGUUUGGGUUUAGCUUGUAAAGGGGUGAGAUUUGAGAGAAACACCUUUCUUCUUGUAAAAGGAUUGAGUGGCUCCUUUAAGCCACCCUUGAUUUUGUAAGUGGAGAGUGUAGAGGAAAUCUUUGGUGAGAGAAGCCAAGGUAGAGGACUAGGUUCCAAGUGGUUGGACCGAACCUCUAUAAAAUCAUUAAGCAAGU